AUGGUACAGUAUGCUGGUAAGCUUGUGCUUGCUCCUAUGGUGAGGGCAGGUGAAUUGCCUACAAGAUUGUUAGCAUUGAAGUAUGGAGCGGAUCUGGUGUGGUCGCCUGAGAUCGUGGAUAAGAAGCUUAUACAGUGCCAAAGACAAGUCAACGAUGCUUUAAAUACCAUAGACUUUGUAGCGCCUGCUACUCGUGAAGGUAUGGAACCUGGUGUUGUGUUUCGGACCGUUCCUGAACUGGAGCGUGGGAAGCUAAUCUUUCAGAUCGGGACUUCGACACCAUCUCUAGCUGUGGAGGCAGCUCUCAAAGUCAUUAAGGAUGUUGACGGGAUUGAUGUCAAUGCUGGGUGUCCCAAGCAUUUUUCAAUACACUCUGGUAUGGGUGCUGCGCUUCUCAAGACACCAGAAAAACUCUGUUCUAUUCUAACAGAAUUGGUUGCCAAAGUUGGAAACGUGUAUAACAAGCCCAUAUCCGUGAAGAUUAGAAUCUUGGACAACGAGGCGGACACUUUGAAUUUAGUGGAAAACAUAUGCAAAACGGGGGUCUCCAAUUUGACUGUUCACUGUAGAACAACUCCAAUGAGAAAUAGAGAGUCUCCAAUUAGAGAUUACAUCCCAAAGAUUUAUGAAAUAUGUACUAGUCACAAUGUCUCUCUAAUAAUGAAUGGUGCCAUAAAAGAUAAAAAUGACUUCCUACAGCUUCGAAAAGAACUAAAACUUUCUGAUUCCAUCGGUGGUAUGAUGGCUGAUUGUGCAGAGAAAAAUCCAACCGUAUUCUCUAGCAAUCCGUUACCUUGGUUUAAAGCUGUUAAAGAGUAUCUGGAUAUUGCAGUUCAAUAUAACCAUCAUCCUUCCAACGUUAAAUAUAUGUUGAACAGAAUGACACCUGGCAAAAGUCCCUUCUAUCAAUAUUUCACUCAAUGUCGUAAGCUUCCUGAUUUUCUUUACGUGUGCAAACAGCUUGAUGAGGAAGGUAAACCCAUAGAAGAUCCGUUGCCUUUCUUGAAGGAAGAGCAUGAAAAGGAAAAAAAACAGAAGAAAAAGCAGAAUGACAUCAAGUCCUUGGAGAAAUCUAAUGCUAAACGUUCCGCAGAAAAUACCACCGAUACAAGUAGUAAAAAAGCUAAAUCCGCAUAA